CGUAUUCUGGGGUUUAAGUGGAAAGCGAAACUUAACUAGUAUAUUAACCCAAAAUAGGUAAAGUGCCGUAGAUAACCGAUUAUAUAAUCGUGUACUGGGACAAUGUGAAGACAUAACAUCACAAGAGGAGCCUGUGCUUCAUCUAUUUGCAAAAGAAAUGUCGGAGGAGGAUCUUAAAAAACUGUCCUGUCACUUUACUUGGGGCUUGCGAAAGGAAGAUGCUGAUCUUAAUUUCCUUGAUGUCAAAGUCUGUGAAAUACUAGCAGUGCAAUGUGAAUAUGGAGGAAAUUUAAAACACAGAGAAUUCAACUUUUUGGCCUUCAUCAAACAUCUACAAGGUUUAAAUGACAAGGCACUUAAAAACUUGGAACUAGCAGAGAAGGAACACUCGGGCAAUGAAAAAAAUUUGAUUGUGACGUAUGGAAACUUAGCAUGGGUGCACAGUAUCAUGGGAAAUGUGGCCAAAGUCCAAACCUAUGUAGAGAAAGUGAAAGAUAUUUUCACAGCUUUUCCCACUUCAUCUCCAACAGAUCUUCACAGAGAGGUUCAAAGUGAAAAGGCCUGGUCAUUUCUUAAGUUUUCUAAAAAAUCUUACAUUAGAGCCAAGGAAAUUUUCUUUGAAGCCGUACAAAAAGAUCCUGAUGACCAAGAAUGGAACACAGGUUAUGCCUUUUCUCUUUUCCGUCUGGAGGGACUGGAGGUUGGUGAGUUCAGGCGUGUACGUUUUGAUGAGUCUCCUGCUGUGGUCCAGUUGAAGAAAGCACUGAAACUGGACCCAGACAAUGCAAUGAUCUAUGUAUAUUUGGGACUUAAGUGCUACAAGAACACCAGGAACGCUGAAGCGUGGGAAUACAUGAAAAAAGCGCUUAAAAUGGCCCCGGAUAACCUUGGUGUCGUUUUGCGUGUUGCCAAAUUUAUGAAGAAAGAACAGUGUUAUGACAUGGCCCUGGAAGUUUUGCUUGGAAUGCUGAGGAAAGCACCGGUUUCUUCGCGUUUACAUCACGAGAUUGCCAACAAUUAUCGCUGGAAAGCCAUGCAGAUAAAAGACAUACACAACCCACGAUUGCUUAACCUAUGCAUUCACCAUUUAGAGAAGGGUGCUAGUUUAAAUCCAGGCUUCAUAUACCCACAGUUGGAGUUAGCUCUAAGAUACUCAGAAGUAAAGCAAACUGCAAAAGCAGAACAGAAGUUCAAGGAGCUGUUGGCCCUUCCUGACCUCAAACCAGCCGAUCUUCAAGCCUGGCAUCGCAUGUAUGGAGACUUUCAACUCUACAGGUUAAACUGUGAGUCAACAGCAGUUGAGCAUUACAAACAAGGAUUGAUGCUGAAUCGGGUGUCUACUGAAUGGAACACCUGCAGAAACCGACUAAAUAAAGUGCUUCGGCGUGACAGAAGUGACACAUACCAAAUCCAGAAGUUUUUUGAUUCAUUAAAAACAGAUAACAAUUAGGCUGCUGAGUCAGAAAAGUCAUAUUCUCUGUUUAUUGAUAUGUAACAAUCUAAAAAAUAUAAAGGUUCUAUAAAGGGUUAUUCAGUGAUGUCAUAAACAUUUUUGAUUCCCCAAAAAACCUUUCAGUCAACGAAUUUUAGCUUUUUAUAGUCUGAAGAACAGUGGCGGCCUGUGACUUCUCUUCCAAGGGGGCACAAAUUUAGAAUAUGUGUUCGAAGUGUCAUGUGUGACUCAUCAUGUCAAAAUAUGCGCUCUGUGCAUCAUGUAACCAUGUGCAUCAUGUCAAAAUACGUGCCUGCUGCACACGCAUUGAAAGGGUUUAUGAUAAGAGACGCUCACGUUUACAAAAUACUCACAAGACAUUCACAUAACACUAAACUUUGAUUAAUCUUACCAGCUGUACUCUGCUUCUUAUGUUGUCCAGUGAUUUUUCUGGACGGGUUUUUUCUUGCUUUUAUUAAAGCUGCUUCGAAACAAUUAAACAAUUGUGAAAAGCACUAUAUUAAUAAAAAUGGAUUGAAUUGAAUUAUGACAUUAAGCGGAUCUGGCAAACGUGAGCAUCUCUUUUUAUCAUAAAUUAUUACGUAUUUUGACAUGACACGUGAUGCACAUAGGUUUAUAUGAUGCGCCGAACACAUAUUUUGACAUGAGGAGCCACACACAUGACUAAAUACAUGUCGUGCACCCUCGAAAAAGAAGUCACCGGCUGCCACUGCCGAAGAACUUUUUCCACUACAAAGAAUCUUUGCAACAGAAAGGUUCUGUGGAUAUUAAAGGUUCUUCAUGAAACCAUACAGCCAGACAAAGAUCAUUUUAGAAAUCUUUAUGUUUAAGAAUGUUAGGGUUUACUACUUUCAAAUAACUUUUCUAGACCAGUAAGAAGUAACAGAGGUAGUUUCCUGGACAGGGAUUAUCUUAAGGCAGGACUAAGCCUUAGUUUAAUUAGGAAAUAUAACUAGGAAAGGAAAUAGGAAAUAACAAACAUUACUUGUGUGCAUUUUGAGGCAAAACAAAGGACACUGGUGUAUUUUAUUUUAUGUAUUUCAGUUGUUUUGAGUUUGGAGAGCUCUUACAUUCAUUUUAGUCUAGGACUAGUUUAAUCCUUGUCCGGCAAACUGCCCCAUAAUGUAUUGACUCAUGUAAUGUAAUUUCGACUUUAUUUUUUGUCCAUGGUCACUGUGUAAUCAGAAUUGUUAAACAACAAUGUAAUGUAACCAGUGUGUUUAUAACUGUCUAGUUUUAAAGAUUAAAUUAUUGUCCAGCUAAUUUUAAUCUCUCAGUAAAUGUAUUAAAUCAAGAUUAUGAAUUACUAAUUUUAUAAAAAUACUUCACUUAAUCUCAUUCAUGUAAUAAAAACGUACAACUUAAAAUAUAGCAGAUUUGUUUGUGAGCCAUAAUAAAACAAAGAAAUACAUGUUGGAAAUGUACUGUACUUAAAUUACCUGUGCCUCAAAUACAGAAACUGAGAAACAAUCAACAAGAUUCUUAACUUAAAUGGUCCUCUACCAAUUGUUUGAGAGGCAUUUAUUAAGAAGUUUAAAAUGCACAGUGUGUCUUUUUGAGACUAUAGAUGCACUCACAUAUGCAUACUGUACAUGUGGAAUUUGGGAUGCUGUUGGCUGCUCGUGCGAGUGCUGCUGGGUUGAAUCCAGCUCAGCAUGUGUGAAAGUGAAGCUGACUCGUGCUUUUUAGCAGCACAAACACACGCAAUAUAGCAUGAAAAAAUCCUGUUACGUCAGUAAAUUAUGUGCACAAGAACAAUAUCCAACAAUAUGCAG